AUGGGUGACAUCUUUGACGCAGGAGCCAACUCCAAGCUCUUCACUCCCCUCGAUAUCGCCAAUGGAAAGAUCCAUCUCAAGCACAGGAUCGUUCAUGCCCCUCUAACUAGAAACCGGGGAACGCCGCUGAAUGCCGAAUCGACUCCCGAGAACCCAAACAGGGUUUGGAUCCCUAAUGAUCUGAUUGCCGAGUAUUACUCCCAGCGGGCUACCGAUGGUGGUCUCAUCAUUUCUGAGGGUCUGCCGCCUUCGCUAGAGGGCAAUGGUAUGCCUGGUGUGCCAGGAAUCUUCCUCCCAGAGCAGGUUCAGGGUUGGAAGAAGGUUGUUGACGCCGUUCAUGCUAAGGGCGGUUACAUCUACGCUCAACUAUGGCACUCUGGCCGCGCAAAUAUUCCCCAGCUUACGGGCUCACCCAUUGUGGCUCCCUCGGCUACACCAUGGGAUGACCCCAAUGAGACCUUCGCCUACCCUCCUCCUCACACCUCCAUCCCUGUUAAGCUGGCCGACUAUCCCCCUGUGGAGAUGACCGUUGAGAAGAUCAAGAGCACCAUCGGUGACUACGUCAACGCUGCCAAGAACGCCCUUGAAGCUGGUUUCGACGGCGUUGAGGUCCACGGUGGAAACGGUUACCUUCCCGAGCAGUUCCUUUCAUCUAACAUUAACAAGCGAACGGACCACUAUGGUGGUACUGAGGAGAAGCGAUGCAACUUUGUCCUCGAGCUUAUGGAUGAGUUGGCCAAGACUGUCGGACAGGAUAACUUGGCUAUUCGCCUGACACCUUUCGGUCUUUUCAACCAGGCCCGCGGUGAGAAGCGCGUUGAGACAUGGGGCCACCUGUGCCGUGAACUAAAGAGUCGUUUCCCCCAACUCUCAUACGUUAGCUUCGUCGAGCCUCGCUACGAACAGAUCUUCUCCGAGUCCGAGAAGCAGCAGUUCCUCGGCUCUUGGGGUCUUCCUACCGUCGACCUGUCUCUGUUCCGAAACAUCUUCCACGGCACACCCUUUUUCUCGGCUGGUGGUUUUAACGAUGUUAACUCAUGGGGUGUCGUCGAGAGCGGUAAAUAUGAUGGUAUGCUUUAUGGGAGAUACUUCAUUAGCAACCCUGACUUGGUGGAGAGGUUGAGAAAUGGAUGGCCUCUUCAGCCUUAUGACAGGUCUACCUUCUACGGACCUUUCAAGGAUAAUGCUAUUGGUUACACUGAUUAUCCUUUCUACAAGAAUGAAUAG